AUGUCUUUCUUUGGCUUCGGUCUCAAGUCCGAAAAGGGCCCUCGGGUCACUGUUCGUCUGCAAGUUUGGCACUACCAUGUUCGGGGUCGAUGUCCCGAGUUCAACCGCAAUCUAGCAGAGUUAUUCACUCACAAGGCUCUGCAAACACACUGGAGGAUCCAUCCAGCUGAGGUGGUAGAGCCCCCCAACGUCUCCAGCCGGGAUGAAUAUGCUCCGGUCGAGGUCGAUUUUGUACACAGGAAGGCUACCUACGCCGAGCCGGUAGGAGAUCCUCACUCUGGCGUCCGAGACAUUUUCAAGCAUAUCGCUCCCGAAAUUGUGUACAAUUAUUUCGUCAUUGGACUGCAGAGUGCCCCUCAUGCAAUGAACAUCUUCGCAACUGUAGGCGGCGAGGAAAUGACGGAUGAAGACAUUAAGCGUCAGUAUGCCCACAGCUUUAUCUUCUUCCCAUUAGAGCUUCGCCUGCAACGAGACCUGAGGCCAGACCCGAUAUCUCAAGGGGACAAAAUGAUGGAAAUACUGCAGGCGGGGGUCAUAACUCUCAGCACGUUGAGGGCGCUUGUCUGCGCCUUCAAGGUUUUCGAAGGGGGAGACAUAUCAAAGGCGGGCGACGUACUCGCUACCACUGACAAAACCCUGCAUGAGCUCACUUCUCAGCUGCCAUGGUUGAAAAGUGGUCUUGAGAAAGCAAGAAAGACCGUCCAAGGAGGUGAAGACGUGGCAUUCCCGGAUGAAACCUCGGCCGUGUCUCCCGUCCCAGUGAACAACGCAGCAAGUUCGUUCGAGCAGCUCCGCAUCAUGGCCAGGAAUCUUGAGCCCAGGCUUACCCGGCUAUCGAACGGAGAGAACCUCACGAAUCAAGGCAUCGUCGAUACAAUCCUAGACUUGCGCCAAGCCAUGGUCCAUCUCUCCAGAUACGAGCAGUCGAUGCAGGUUGUCGACAAGGAGGAAUUUACCAAGUGGGACCGAAAGGUGAUCAAGCAUCGUACCCAUCAAUACGCAGCAACUGCCAUCGGGGUUCUCGGUGUGGCUGCCAUUGUCAUCGCGGCCAUCUUUCAACCCGACAUCCUCACCAACCUCCUGGUAGAUACUCUAGCUGGGGGCAGCAUUUUGGGAGGCGGAGGCGUCACGUUGGAUCAGAGAGCGAAGAAAGAAAUGGCCUUGGUAGCGCACCAGAAUGCCCAGGCUAGGGCCAGGAAGGGACGGAUCGCGCUGAAGGAGGUCAAGAAGGCCCUUGAGGAGGUCCGAACCGACCUAGCCACCAUUUUCAUGGUGCAGGUGAUGCGGCAACACGUCCAGGGUCCAUCCAUAGGACGUCACGAACUGGAGAAGGCGGUUACGAUGCUGGGGGGCGAUUUGGGUGCGCUGGGCGAGGGCGGUUAUGACCGAGCCCUGAUUGCGGAUAGGAUGAGGAAUCUGGUCGAGAAGAGUCUACAGCUGGAUGAGGUGUAUCAGCAGACGGUGAUGGACCUGAACUUGGUCAUGGAUGAAAUAGGAACGGUACAACAGCCAGCGUAA